ACAUCUAACUCAUUCAAAGUUAGCAAAUUCCAGUGUUCGCCUCGUAUUCCUUUUGUCUCUGCAACUUGUUUGAGUCGGUUCGAAAUGUUUAAAUCAUCAUAAAAAAAAUUCUUUUUUCACCUUCAAAUCCUCUCAGUCUCGCCUGCAAAGUCCCUUACCCUCUAAAAUUUCGAUCUUCGAUACCUUUUCAGUUCUGUUCAUUCUGUAUCUUUUAAACACUGAAGAGAAUUAACGAUUGGAACUGUCGAGAUUUUCUGUUUCUCAUUAUUUUGUGGAAAGAUUAGAGGAGGGGGAAGGAGAGAGAGGGGUUUGGUUUGCUCUUGCCUUUGAUCAAUGGGGGAGUGGAGUUCUUCCCGAAGGAGAACGAUGAUGCAUCAAAACGAUUCUGGAAGGCCCACAACGACGGCUAAAUACGGCGGAUUGCCGCCUUCUUCUGGCCAUUCUUACCAUUCAGUUCCUCCUUGGGAGAUAAAAUUCUGCAGUCAAAUUUCUUGGACAAAAUUCUGUGAAGACAAGAAACUGACCUACUUGUUUGAAAAUGUGCUCAACUGGGAUGACUCUGCAGGAAAAGAGUCUUUCGACAAUGCAAAGGCUCGUUACUGGGCUGGAAUUAAUGGCCUCCACUGUGAUAUUCCAUUGCCCAAUCCAGAUAUGUACAUUGAUGUGGUUAAUCAAGAUACUUUUCUCGAUCCUCGGCUAGUGGAAGAUUUGUAUAAACAGCCACCACCACCACCACUUCAUAAAGAGAUUCCAGACUAUAACUCAAUCGAAAUUAUACCAACUGGAUGGGAUGUGGAGGAUCCAGCUACAUCUGGAGCUACAAUUCCGAAAUUUAUUUCUGCCGGUGAUCAUCAUCAAUCUCCGAUGGAACAACCUUCACAAAGCGGUCAUUCUGAGAACCAGAUCCUCGAAAGUGACGCCAUUGUUGAACCUGUCACAAUAGUACCUACAGGAUGGGGUGAUGAAGAUUCUGGCUCCAGCAAUGCAUGGGAGCUAUCUGGAAGACAUUCAAAUGAUGCUCUUUGCUAUGAAAGCAGGAAGGUGGAUCAUAAAGAUGUCAACUUUGUUAAAAUGAAUUAUAGUUCGUGGAGUGUAGGAAGGGAGAGUUCCUGGGAGCAUAACUAUUACUGGAACGGCACAAAAUAUGGAAACUGGGGAAAGGGGAGACCUGCAGGUCGUCGAUUUAGUUCCAAGCCUGCAAAUUCAAGGGACAAAGGGGAAUAUUAUCAAAUGAAUGGUGACUCGAGAGGUUGUAGUGGAAGGAGGAAGAACCACACAGAUGAAUAUUAUUAUUGGCACGGUUGUGCUCCUGCUAAUAAUCACUAGAGAUGAGCAGAAUCAGUUGGUGUUUGGCAAUGAUAUGAGUCUGUAUGCUUCAUUCCUGAUGGUUUGUGCAAGACUAGGAGCCAUAGGCUUCGUUUGGAACGGCUUUCUUCUUGCUUUUUAAUAAUUUUUUAGUACAAAAAUUUUUCUAUUAGAAAGCCGUUUUAAGAAGCAGUAUAAAAGCUGUCCCAAACGAAACCUUAAAUAGUGUUUUUUUAUCAUUCUAAUUUUUUUUUUCUUAAAUUGUUGUAGUGUAGUAAAUGCAAAUGAUCAUCUGCUUUCUGGAGACAGCAGCAGCUCAGUAUAAAUAAGACUAGAAAUAUAUGUUUGUUACUUGUGUGGAAGAUUGAUUUCUUUCA